ACCAUAUUCAAUGCGCAUGCGCCGUGCGAGUGUCCCCGGAAGUACAACCAUGCAUGUGUAGCAUUUGACAACCUUGAAAAGACUACAAAACAACUACCUGAUAUCUUAUGUCUCAAAAACCGUUCCAGUGAUGCCAGUAACAAGACUAUUAUACCCUCUGUUCCAGCUGGGAAACCCUCAGCUGAGGAUCUUCAGACCCAACUGGUUCCUGACUUUGGUGAGGCCGGGAAAAGAGCAGCCUCCUGACACUGUCCAGUUUCGCAUCCCAAUGGAAAUGACCAAGUGUGACGUAAAGAACUACCUGGAGAAGAUCUAUAAUGUCCCUGUAGGAGCAGUCCGUACCAGGAUACAGUUUGGCUCCAACAAGAAGAGGAAUCAUCUGAACCAGAAGGUUAAGCAGCCUGACUAUAAAGUAGCCUACGUUCAGCUGGCCCAGGGCCAGACGUUCACCUUCCCUGACAUCUUCCCGGAAAAAGAGCGGAUGCCGACGGAGGGCUCCAUGGAAGAGAUGCAGGAGAAGUUCAUGGAGGACGAGAAGCAGAGGCAGAAACUCGACCCCAGGAGAGGAGGGGUCACAGAGUGGUUCGGACUCUGAGACAGCCCACUGACCGGGACCUCUGUGCUCAUAUGGUGUGGCGUGGGUGUUUCAUUGGGAGCAUGAUAUAUUGAUUUACAACGCGACUGUUGUGAUGUCACUUCUAUUUCUGUAAGAAAUACUCACUAGUAAAGAAGAAUGAGCAUGUGUGUGUGUGUGUGUGUGUGUGUGUGUGUGUGUGUGUGAGAGAGUGAGUGAGUGAGUGAGAGUGAGUGUGUGAGUUUGUGCAGCUACGAUCCAAUAACCCAAGCCAGAACAGAAUCACAGGAGGAGGAGAGAGGCUCUUUCAGGAAACCAGCCCACCGUACAGAACCUCCAUCACCUCAGAUGACCUCCUCUCCUUCCUCCUCCCACACUUCCUGUUUUACCUCAUUCUCCUUUUACCCCUCCUCUUUGGCACCAGUACCUCUGCACCUCUUCUUCCUUUGACUCCUCUUUCCUCAGGAGUUUCCUUUCCUUCUCGUCUGUCGCCUCUGCUGUCCCUCCUUCUCCUUGUCCCUCCCCUACUCUCCUCUUCCUCUGCCACGCUGGGAAAGGGUAUAUUGUGGCAUCCCUAGUUGCUCUGACUCUCAGCCAGUUGGAUCAGACUACCUGGACAACCCACAUCCUUUCCACUUUUAUGAGUUUGCCUUGGAUUAAUUGACCACUUUAGGUAAACAACAAUUGAGAUGUUUUUUCAGCAAAGCAACGACAUGGAAUUUGCUGGAGUGUUUUAUUAUUUUGUGGUAGCACCUCUUGCCAUAACUGAGAAAAGAUUGUACUCAGUGUUUGUGUGUGUUUGCCUAGCAUGCAGGACUUGCCAGUGAAUCUGUCUAAUUGUAAGUGCUGUUGGAAUAAGAACUAAUAAACGGUCAUCAAAAGUG